GAUAUGGCUGCAGCGCGGCUGUCAGAUGCAGAGCUGCGGGCGGAGUUGUUGGCCCUUGGCUACCAGCCGGGCCCGAUUACCGAUUCCACCCGAAAACUCUACGCCAAGAAACUCACCCGUCUGCGAGCUGAGGUGGCGGCCGGGCUAAGAAGCCGCACCAGCUCCCGAGCGGUCCCUCCGAGCCCAAGUAGCUCCGUGAGGCCCACAGCGGCCGCCCGGGUCGGCCCCAGAGCGACCCCCCGGGCCCACAUCUUGGUUAGGAGGGAGAGUGAGGACGAUGAGGGCGAGGACGAAGAGGAGCGGAGCGACUACGAGUCGUCGCGCUGGGAGGCAGCGACAGGGAGUAGAAGGCUUGCUCAAAGAAACCAUUGGCCGACCGAGACUAGUUUAACUCCUGGGAGGAUCCCCUUGCCAGCUAGAGAGGUGCUUACACCCAGCAGCCCCUGGAGGCCCAGUACUGGAUUCGCCUCAAGAAGAACCCAAUUAGAGGCAGAUGAGGGCUUUACACCCCCGUAUCUGAGGGGGGCAAUGGCAGAUAGAUUAACUUCUAGUACCCCAUGGAGUGCAGUGCCCUCGAGCGAAGAGGAUUUAAGCUCUGGCAAGUGGUGGGAAAAGGAGCAGAGCCUGAACCCCGUUUCUUCGUGGGAAUCAAGAACAGGAGAAAGCACUGUAGGGUUUAGUAAUUGGGGCAGUUUAGCAAGCGAGAGAUGGACAGCUCCCAGCCCCUCAGUAACACAGAGAAUUGGAGAAGAAUUAACCUAUAGGCUGCCAAGGAGAGGAGAGAAAGAAGGAGCUUCCAGAAGUGCCAAAACACUCUUGGGGACAAGAGCAGAAAGAGAUUUUAGUUUUGGCACCCAUUGGGACAGGACUCUGCAAUAUGUAGGUCAGAAAUAUCAAGCUCAGAGCCCCAGAAGAAAGGGCAAAGGCCUAGAAUUUUAUUUGUCUUGGUUCCUGUGGGUGGCAACCUUAGUGCUGCUGGUAAUUUUCUUGGGCAUCCUUUGGGUGAAGAUGAUGGGACCUGCUCAUCUGGAAGGGUCUGUGGAGAAUUUAAAGCUGUUGACCGUGGAUUGUGAAAAAAGUACAGAUACUUACUGUCAGGAAAAACAAGAAGAAAUUUCAGUGACCAUAUUGCAUGAGUUGUACAACUAUCUUGCAAUUCAAGCUGGCAAUUUUGAGUGUGGAAAUCCUGAGAAUUUAGAAAGUAAAUGCAUACCAUUUAGGGAGACCAAGGACUAUAUAGAGAAUGUGACUGGCUAUUCAAUAGAAACAUUUGAGGAUGCGUUACAGUGGUUACUAGACAGUCACAAGGACUCAGGAAUUUGGUUGCAAGGCAGCGAGCCUUCAGAACCAGUAACCAGUGUGAAGCAAGUGGUAUGUCUUGAAUCUACCCGCCCCCGGAUGGGGUUCGGCUGUCGAUUUCAUCGAGCACUAUGCACAGCUGUCACAAACUUAUUUAUAUUCUUUUGGAGUUUAGUUUUCCUUUGGGGGAUUCUGAUUCUUCUGAAAUAUUACUGGCGGAAAAGGGAAGAAGAAGAGCACGCCAUGUAUGAGAUGGUAGAGAAAAUCAUAGGUGCUGUCCAAAAUCACUACAAAGAGUGGGAGCAGAAUCUGGAACGCUACCCAUAUGUAGGCAUCCUUCAUAUCAGAGAUACCCUCAUCCCACCACAGGACAGGAGAAAAAUGAAGCAGAUUUGGAAUCGAGCAGUGGAUUUUCUUGCUUCCAAUGAGUCACGGAUUCAGACUGAAUCACACAGGGUCGCAGGAGAGGACAUGCUGGUUUGGCGUUGGACACAACCGUCUUAUCUAUCUGACUCUGAUCAUUAGCUGUCAGCUGAGGCAAGACAAUGUUUCAACACUGUGCAGGGUGAUGUCUCCUAGCUAGGAAAGAUCCUGUCGACCAUACUCAGGUGCGCUCCAGACACUAGUUAAUGUUUUUGAGGAAAACAGAAAUGACUCUUCAGAAUAGCCAUUUUCUGUAAGGGAUGUGAAUGUUGAUGUGUUGGGACAGAUCCAAUGUAUACAUAUCUUCUCUAAUAUAAUUAUUUAAAAAAAGAAUCACUUCCUUAAUUGAGAGCUGCCAUUAAGGACUUCGAUGCUGCGGAAGUCCAUUAUUUGUACUGAAACUGCUAAAAGAUACCUGUAAAGAAAAGAGAACUAUUCAUUAAAUAAAUGCCCUAGCCAGGAGCAGAUAGGUACUCUAAUGAAUUUACCAGGAAUUGCAUCUGUGUGUAGAAUACUGACACCUGCUUAUAGGGUGACAGGCAAGAUGGGGCAAGUUACGUGCCUUUGGAGACAAAUUGGGAAAGUGGGAUGAGGGGCUUGUAGUCAUUGUGCUUUUUUCUUAGGCAUAGUGGUAUUAAGUCAGCUCAGAGAAUAUAACUGAAAGUGCAAAAAGCAUAAAAGACUUCACUAUAUUUAAAGUGGCUUGGUGAAGAGCACUAUAAAGCAACCUAAUGUUACUGUAUAGAGCGAUCAAUUAGGGAUGCCUGCAGUGUUGGAUUCAGACAGUAGGCUCUGUAAUCAAGCAUUUAGGCAAUGCUUCCGUGACUGACAAACUCUUCUCCUGCAAUACGAUGGUAAUGGUUUUUGUAUAUGUCAUCUUGUUUGUCUCCAGGCUCAUUUUUCUGGCAAUUAUUUUAACAAGGAGAAAACCUUGCAGCAAAAUACCAUGCACCUUCGCUAAAUCAUUGUAAAGUCUGGGGAACUUGUAUGAUGACAUGCCAUCAAUGGCUCUAGAUUUCUACUUUUUCAUAAUGAAUCUAGCCUACAGUUCCACGGAUGUAACUAGAAUACAUAUUAAUUCACGAUAAUGUAUACAUAUAUGACCUCUUGAUGCAUAUGUGGUUGAGGAUUUUUAUGUCUUUUGGCAUUUUUUUUAAAUUGGCAUAUUUUGUUUGCAAAUACUGGUGGUAUUAAUUUGAAAUUUGCUCUUCUCCUCCCCCUGCUGGCCAAAUUGAAAUUUUUACGGAUGAAAUCUGCAAUUCACAGCAGUUCAUUAUAUGCCUCCUGCUGGAAAAAGCUAAACUGAUGCAGAGGAGAUAAAUAUCCCACCCCCCCCCCAAAAAAAAACCAAACACCAGGUGUUCUUAUUGGUUAAGAAAAGCCUAAAUUCCCCUGAAUUUUCUCUCCAUGUACUGCUGUCUGUAGCAUAGACUGUAUGUUAGAGCAAAGACAUCUAGCAGAUGUCUCUGUGACAUUAGCCAUUUUAAUACACAUGCAUACAGUGUUUAUGGGAUGGAAUGAAAUAAGAGAUCCCCCAUUUAAACAUGUUUUUAAUUUGUGCUGGUAUUUGCAAAAACUUCCACAGUGCCUGCAUCCUUAGGGCUUUGAACACUAGAUCUGCAGCCCCUUUGAGAAAUGAUUCAGAUUUUGAGUGAGCUAUUCCACUAUUCAUUAAAUUUUCCAGACUACUACAAGACUUCAGUCCUUAACAGAGGGAUGCUUUGCUCACACAGAGAUCGAAGCACUUCUUCGAAUCAUUUUCAAAGCAUGCACAGCCCUGUUAAACAUAUAUACAUUCAUUAUACUGUGGUAUUUUACUAUCUAACUUCUGAGAGGAAAUGCCAAACAAAAUUUUGUAUGGUUGAUUAAAUUGCUCAUUUAUUUUUAUGUAAACAGGCUGGUGCUAUUUAUUAAAUACUUUGUGUACAUUUUAUCAAGCAAAUAAAAAUUUUGUAUAAAUA